AUGCUCAGCUCAGCAAUCCUUCAAGCAGUCUUGAUCUGUGGCUCCACAUUAUUCCUUUGGCGGCUCUUCCGGCAGCUUCUGGUGAAGAGCGACCUGGACAACAUCCCUGGGCUUCCUUCUCCCUCUUACUUAUACGGUCACGUUCAGCAACUUCGCGAUAAACAGGGAUGGGCUUUCUAUCGAGAGCUGGCCGAGAAGUACCCUGCGGUUGCACGCCUUUCUGGGCCCCUUGGACGCAAGUUGCUGUUCGUGCACGAUCCCAAAGCCAUGCAUUACAUCGCAGUCAAGGAGCAGGAAACUUUCCAAGAAGCAGAGUGGUUCACGAGUCUGACGAACCGCGCCUUUGGCCCUGGCCUUCUUGCGACGCAAGGUGAUCAUCACCGCAAGCAGCGCAAGCUUCUAAACCCGGUAUUUUCCAUUAACCACAUGCGCCAUAUGAUGCCAACCUUUUAUCAUGUCACCCACAAGCUCCACGAAGCAAUUGAGCAGCGUGUAGUCCAGGGGCCCACAGAAGUCGACAUGGUAAUGUGGAUGGGCCGUACUGCGCUGGAGUUGGUCGGUCAGGCUGGGCUUGGCUACUCUUUUGAUAAGCUCACCGAGGAAUCCGCCGACGAGUUUGGUGAGGCGCUGAAGUCCAUGGCACCUACGAUGGCGACCCUAGGCGUCUUCCUCCAAUUUUUACCACUUGUCGAAGCUCUCAUCCCAGAGUGCUUGUUGGAGCCCCUUGGCAAGAUCGCUCCGAUCCCAGGACUCAGGGAUAUCAUGCAUAUCUCGAAGACGUUGAAGCAAAAGUCGACGGAGAUCUUCAUGCAGAAGAAGACGGCGCUGUUGCAAGGGGAUGAGGCACUUGCUAUGCAAGUCGGUGAGGGGAAAGACAUUAUGAGCGUUCUCUUGAGGGCUAAUAUGACUGCUGCUGUUGAGGAUAGGCUGGAUGAGCGGGAGCUUAUCGGGCAGAUGUCGACAAUUACUUUCGCUGCUAUGGACACCACAUCAAACGCGCUUUCUAUCACACUUUGGCGUCUUGCUCAAAACCAGCAAGUACAGGAUCGGGUUAGGCAAGAGAUCUUCGCGGCGCGAGACUCGCAGGGCGGGAAGGAUAUUCCUUAUGACGACCUCGUCUCGCUUCCGUUCUUGGACGCGAUCUGUCGCGAGACUCUCCGAGUGCACGUUCCAGCUCCAAUGCGAUUCCGCGAGGCUCGCAAAGACAGUGUCCUUCCCCUCUCCGAACCCAUUCGGGGUCUGGAUGGGAAGCUGAUGCACGAGAUCUUCGUGCCGAAGGACACUCACGUCUUCGUCAGCAUCAACGCGUCGAACACGAAUCCGGCCAUAUGGGGUCCUGACGCUCAUGAGUGGAAGCCGGAGCGUUGGCUCAGCCCGCUCCCUGAAACGGUGUCCAACGCAAAUAUGCCCGGAGUGUACUCUAACCUGAUGACGUUCUGGGCCGGUGGUCGGGCUUGCAUCGGCUUCAAGUUCUCUCAACUUGAAAUGAAGGUCGUCCUCGCGGUGCUCUUGUCCACAUUCAAAUUUGAGUUGACGGAGAAGGCGAUCUAUUGGAAUAUUGCACCCAUCGUGUACCCUUCGGUCGUGCCCGAUGGAAGCAAGCCAGAGUUGCCUAUCAAGGUUACAUUACUUGACCGUGAUGUGACCGAAGCCUGA